UGCGCUCCGCCAGGAAGUGCCGUUCGACGCCCUGCGCUACAUGACGGGCGAGUGUAACUACGGCGGGCGCGUGACGGACGACUGGGACCGACGGACGCUGCGCACCAUCCUGGCCAUCUUCUACGACCAGAAGCUGGUGGAAGACCCCGGCUACAAGUUUGAUCCCAGCGGGAUCUAUUUUGCGCCACCGGAAGGAGACUACGACAGUUACAUUGAGUACACCAAGUCGCUGCCCCUCAAUCCCUCGCCGGAAAUCUUCGGCAUGAAUGCCAACGCCGACAUCACCAAGGACCAGUCGGAGACACAGUUGCUGUUUGAUAGCAUCUUGCUCACGCAG